GGGGACUUUUCACAGACCAUGAUAACAUUUUUGCAUUCCCGGCUCACAAUGCCCGAGCUCCGGGUCAAUGUGACCCAUCAUAACGAUACACCACCGUCACUGAUCCACGAGGACAGUCAUUUGGUCAUCAAUCCGAAACUGGAAGUACUGGAACUGGUCUGUACCAUCUGGUUCACAUUCGAACUGUUGGUCCGAUUCACCGUAGCCCCGAACAAAUGUGCAUUCGCAAAAAGUCCCAUGAAUUUGAUCGAUGUGAUCGCUAUCUUGCCAUUUUAUUUUUCCAAAAUAUUCGAAGUCUGGCUCAACUCGACCGUAGAAUCUCUCGUAUCCGUGCGCAAAGUUGUGCAAAUGUUUCGCAUUCUGCGUAUCUUACGUGUGUUCAAGCUGGCUCGUCAUUCCCAAGGAUUACAAGCACUAGGAUAUACCCUGACUCAGUCCUACAAAGAGCUUGGUUUGCUCAUGAUGUUUGUGGUCCUGGUGGUUUUACUGUUCUCAAGUUUGGCAUAUUUUGCGGAAAAAGAUGAAAAUGCAGAUAUGUUUACCAGUAUCCCGGCCACAUUUUGGUGGGCUAUCAUAACCAUGACUACUGUGGGGUACGGAGACAUUGUUCCAAAAACGAUCCUGGGAAAGGUGAUCGGAUCUGUCUGUUGUAUUUGUGGUGUUCUCGUUGUCGGUUUGCCAAUUCCCAUCAUUGUAAACAACUUCGCUGCGUUCUAUCAGGAUCAGAUGCGUCGGGACAAAGUUCUUAAGCAUCAAGAGGCAACAGAAUCAUUGAAUUUGUGUACAAAUCUAUCUCGUAGCUUCAGUGAUAAAAGAAUUCGCUCUGCCGGGCCGACCAGCGAUGCGGACCAAACGAACCCAUUACUUGAACCCGAUGAAUCUGGCGUUCGCGUCGGUUAUGCAUCCGAACCCGAAACCCCAAUUUUGCAUGCUCCCAGCUCUAAAAAGAAUGACACUGUCAACACUACCGACACUGCCUCUAAAGUUAAAUUUUCCGAGGAGCCGAUACAAACAAUCACAUUGACCGAGCAAACCGUGGAUCCGACUACGCCCUGUCUCACUCAAAUUGUGGAUGAAGUACCGCUCAAUCCCGUUCCCCUGGAAAGUGAAUCAAUAAUGAAGCCGUCCUAUCCAACACAUUCAAAUGAAUUCAAUUUGUUAAUAGAAAACCAGACAAAAAACGCUUCCGAAAUUUCUUCCUGA